ACGCGGAGCCACCGAGCCGCGAGGACGCCUGGCUGCAGCUGCUCUCCGCGGCGGAGCCGGCGCCCCCUGCCGUGCCGUGGGGCCCCCUGCCCUUCGCCCACGGCGCUGGGCUGGCACCCGCGCCGCCCUCGCCGCGCGCCUCCCGGCCCUCCUCCCGGCUCUCCUCCCGCAGGUCCUCCACCGCCGGGUGCGGCGGAGCGGGCGCGAUGCGGCAGCUGUGCCGGGGCCGCCUGCUGGGCAUCUCGGUGGCCAUCGCGCACGGGGUCUUCUCGGGCUCCCUCAACAUCCUCCUCAAGUUCCUCCUCAGCCACUACCGGUUCUCCUUCCUGACCCUGGUGCAGUGCCUGACCAGCUCCACGGCGGCGCUGAGCCUGGAGCUGCUGCGGCGCCUCGGGCUCAUCGCGGUGCCCCCCUUCGGCCUGAGCCUGGCGCGCUCCUUCGCGGGGGUCACCGUGCUCUCCACGCUGCAGUCCAGCCUCACGCUCUGGUCGCUGCGCGGCCUCAGCCUGCCCAUGUACGUGGUCUUCAAGCGCUGCCUGCCCCUGGUCACCAUGCUCAUCGGCGUGCUGGUGCUCAAGAACGGCGCGCCCUCGCCGGGGGUGCUCGCCGCCGUGCUCAUCACCACCUGCGGCGCGGCUCUGGCAGGCGCCGGCGACCUGACCGGCGACCCCAUGGGCUACGUGACGGGCGUGCUGGCGGUGCUGGUGCACGCCGCCUACCUGGUGCUCAUCCAGAAGGCGAGCGCGGACACCCAGCACGGGCCGCUCACCGCGCAGUACGCCAUCGCCAUCUCCGCCACCCCGCUGCUGGUCGUCCUGUCUUUCGCCAGCACCGACGCGAUCCAAGUCUGGGCCUUCCCCGGCUGGAAGGACCCCACGAUGGUCUGCAUCUUCGUGGCCUGCGUCCUGAUCGGCUGCGCCAUGAACUUCACCACGCUGCACUGCACCUACAUCAACUCGGCCGUGACCACCAGCUUCGUGGGCGUGGUGAAGAGCAUCGCCACCAUCACGGUGGGCAUGGUGGCCUUCAGCGACGUGGCGCCCACCUCUCUCUUCAUUGCCGGGGUCGUGGUGAACACCCUGGGUUCCAUCAUUUACUGUGUGGCCAAAUUCUUGGAGACCAGAAAGCAAAGCAACUACGAGGACCUGGAGACGCAGCCGCAGGGAGAGGAGGCGCAGCCAGGUGGAGACCAGCUGCCUUUUGUCAUAGAGGAGCUGCCAGAGGAGGUAGCUGGCGGGGCAGAAGGUGGAAAGGUAGCAGGUGGCUCCGCUCAGCAAAGGGGGCAAGGGGUGAGGGGCAGCCCCAGAGGAGUCCCGCUGGCGGCUAGUACCUGGCAGAUGGCAGACAGCGCUGAAGAAGCCAACAGGAGGUCACUAAAGGAUGCUUACCUGGUAGUGUGGAGGUUAGUCAGGGGAACCAAGUAUAUGAAGAAGGAUUAUUUGAUAGAAAAUGAGGAGUCACCCAGUCCUUGAAAAGGAAACGCAUGUAUGUAUAUGUGUACAUAGAUACUUAUUUUAUAUGUUAGAGACAACAUAUUUUAAUGAGGGGCUGCCCAGUUUUAUUCUUUGAGGAGUGGGGCAGGGAAGCAAAGAAAGAAUCGAACCAGACUGACAGCAACAAAAUUAGCACCGGUGUGAAUUAUUUAGCAUCAGUUCACCUGAGGCAUAACAAAGACAAAAGAAUAUGAAGGUGCUUAACAAAAUAAGACAGUGGGUUCAGCUGCAGACUCUUGGCACGCACAUUUUUUUGACAUUAUAACCAUAACCAAAUAUCUGCAUGUACUGAGUCCCUCAACCACCCUCAAAGAUGGAGUGCAGAAAUGAUGGCAGCAGGUAAUUAGCUCAAAGAUUACAUCCAAGGGCACAUUUUUGAUGCUAGAACUACAGUUUUUUAUGGCCAGCUGGGCAAAGAGUAUAUUAUUGAAAAGAUAUAUAAAUACACUGAAUUGUUGUUUACUGUUUAUAGUCAUCUGAAAUAUCAUGUUAAUUCUAAUUUUCUUCACUUGUUUUUAAACAAUAAGUGUUCUACUAUUCUAUUAUAUAUUGGUAAGAAAUGUCAAAGCUAUUUUGAAAAUCUGAGGUCUUAGCUUUAAUCAUCAAGUUUAAUGUUGGCUUUUAGUAAUUACUAUAGAAAUAUUUUAAAAGUUGUUUUGGUUCACUGCUUUGUAAUAUUUAUUAUUGAAUGCCAUGACCUUUUUAAAUACCAGUUUUACUGUGUCCAAUAUUCUCUCAAGCAAAUGCAAUGGCUGAAAUAGAAUUCAGCAUUAAGAAGCCCAAACAGAAGUAAAACCUUCCUAUUAAGCUAGUCCUUGCAAAUCGCAUUGCACAUUCCAAACCUUGUUACAGAAAGAGCAACUGCUAUAUUCACUUGAUAUUUUUCUAUCUUACAUUUGUCGAAAUAAAGUCUGAGUCUAUCU